AUGUUUUAAUAGGAUUCUGAAAUUUGGUAGGAAUUUCUUGACAAAAUUUAUCUAAAUCCUAAAUUUUUUAUCCUUUUGCCAUAUCCCAUAAACAUAUAGAUCCAUCAUCGCUACUUGAUGCCAAUAUAUUACAAUUAGGUGAAAAGUUUACUGACCUAACGCUGGAACUAUGACCAAAUAACUAUGAUAUUAGUUGUCUUGUUUUAACAUCCCAUAAGCAGAUUGACAAAUCCUUACUACCAGAUGCCAAUCUAGUAGAAUCUGGAUAAAAGCAG